AAUUUCAUCCUUGUUCGAUCGUCAUCUUCGUCUCCACCCCUAGAAAACGUUGGAACCCUAAUCUUCUGAUAAUCUAGGGUUCGAGAAUAGAUUCUGAAGAACUAUAUUACGGGACUAGAAUCGAAGACGAUGGCAGGUAGAGAAGUUCGAGAAUACACAAAUCUGUCUGACCCUAAAGAUAAGAAAUUAGGGAAGGGUAAGAUAGAUGAUGAAGACGUCACCUUUCAACGGAUGGUUGCAAAGAUGCAAGAGGUUGCUGGUGAACGUGGAGGCUAUCUUCAUGGACGGGGCGCUGCAACCCAAGCUGAUUCAGCUCCAGCAUCUGUUCCCUUACCACUUCGUGUUGAGCCCAAACCAAAAAGUGGUAUCAGGCAGCAAGAUUUACUGAGAAAAGUUGUUGAGGUUAAACCUAAACGUCCAAAAGUCUCAACACUGUCAAGCCCAAGCUUAUCUCCCCCUGUUAGAAGUGAUAGAGCUCCAACAGAUGCAAAAGUUCACCGAGAUAAGCAGAAAGAAGAAGCUAUGACUGUGUUGAAGAAACUGGACAGACCAGAGGAGCAACCUGGCGCAGACAGAAAUGACGGUAAAGCUACGGAAAGCAAUGGGCAAGGUCAAAAUGCUCUGAAAGGCUUGUUGGGAUUAGCGUAUGAGAGUUCAGAUGAAGAAGACUGAGAGGAGUGAUGAACCCUGUAUAGGGCUCUAUCUCCUAUAAGUCUUCUUGCUUUUAAUUUUGUCGUCUCCAAUAUUUAUGUCGAAACCUUACUAGAGUUUAGCUUUAGGGUUCAAUACAUCUUUUGCCAUCUAGCCCUGCACUUGUUGUAAUUGUUGAAACCAAAUGGGUUUUUUGGAGUUUGAAGCAGAGAAUCUAAUGAAGAUGAUUUCAAAAG